AUGUCCACAGCUCAAAAAUGUCCACAGCUCAAAACAAGCAAAAGCUCUGAAGUUUCAUGGUUAACAAAGAAAGGUGAGAGGUUUGAAAGCUAUGAGGAAGGAGAGAGGUUGAGGAAAGCGAAAGCUGAGAUUGAGAAGAGAGUUAGGGCUUUAGAAAGAAAAUGUGCGGUUUUGGAAGUGAGGGAAAUGAAAGAGAAACUGGAAUUGGAGGGUUAUAAAUCCGAGAAGAAAUCUAUGAGUAAAUCACAGAAAAAGGAAAUGGAGAAGGAGUUAAAGAGGAACGAGUUGUAUAAGAAGGUUGAAAAAGCUAAGAACACACUAGCUAUGUGGAAUGAGAGGAUCAUGGAGCCUACUAAUGGAGUGCACGGUGACCAAAAUAGCUCUUUGGAAGAAUAA